AUGGCCAAUGCAACGGCUUGCCCGGAUCUGCCGCCUCUUCCGGCCUACACCCUUACUCUCCGUGAGCCCCUGAUCGCUCCGAUUCCCGACAGUGCCCUCGGCCAAAUCAGUACUAUAGUAGCAUACUGGACGGUGUCCUUGAUAUUUCACUGGAUUGACGUCAACGACUACUUUCCCCAGUACCGUUUGCAUACUCCUGCUGAGAUUUUAAAACGGAAUCGUGUCACGCGACGGGAAGUUGUUCGGGAUGUUGUUGUGCAACAAUUGAUCCAACUUGCAUGUGGCAUUACGUUAGGAUAUUUUGAUAAACCUCAAUAUGCGGGGAAGGAUGAAUACAAUAUUGCGCUCUGGGCUCGGCGACUGCGAGUCAUGCAGCAUAUGAUCCCUUCUGCCUUUGCUGUGAUCGGAAUUGAUGCUCUUGCAUUGGCCAAGGAACUGUCAUCGUAUCCGAUAGUGGCUGCUGCAAUUUCUGGUGGCAGAUAUUCAUGGUUGACGCAAAACGUGCCAACUGCUGCUGGAGCAUCCGUGGCUGUGCCUGCGUUUGCUAUUUGGGAAAUGAAUGUAGCCCAUGCCAUUUACUGGUAUCUGGUACCGACUUUCCAAUUCGUCCUGGCGGCGUUUAUCAUGGACACAUUUCAAUACUUUUACCACCGCGCACUGCACCUGAACAAAUGGCUGUACACAACCAUCCAUUCUCGCCAUCAUCGCCUAUACGUACCGUAUGCCUUUGGCGCCCUAUACAACCAUCCGUUCGAAAGUCUCCUCGAUACUGCUUCAGGCGGCAUCGCAUUUCUCAUGACGAGAAUGACCACUCGCCAGGGAAUUUGGUUUUUCACAUGCUCAACAAUCAAAACGGUUGAUGAUCAUUGCGGCUAUGCCUUCCCGUUUGAUAUACUCCAACAUUUCACCUCCAACAAUGCUGCCUAUCAUGACAUCCAUCAUCAAAGCUGGGGUAUUAAAACCAAUUUCUCUCAGCCUUUUUUCACCAUUUGGGACCGGCUCCUGAAUACCAGUUGGACAGGUGACGUCACUCUUCGAUAUGAGCGGUCACGUACUGCGGCGCAGAAAUUAAUCGACGACGAAAAUGAGAAGCGGGCAUCUGUCGAUGCUCGAGAGGACGCAGCACCUAUUUAG